AUGUCUACAGUGCAAGUUGUGAAGGAAUCACAUGAAAAUCCAACGAAAUUUAGGUGUAGAUAUGAAGACGCUGAUCAGAUCUUAGGACCAAACUCAUGGGUCCCAGAAGAUGAUUCACUCCCAGUAAUUAGGACUGAAUCCAAGAUUGCAAUUAUUGGUGGUGGUUUUGGGGGCCUUAGUGCUGCAUUAACAUGUAUCAAAGAAGUCAAAGAGAAAGAUUUUGUUAUAUUUGAAAAGCAUGCUGAUUUCGGAGGUACUUGGUACGCAAAUACUUACCCAGGCUGUGCUUCCGAUAUUCCAGCUGUAUGGUAUUCGUUCUACAGUGAAUUGAACUCAAAUUGGAGUGCCCUUAGGCCACCACAAUAUGAAAUGCAAGAGUACAUCAAACAUGUUGUAGAUAAGCAUAAAAUCACAGAACAUGGAAAAUUCAGAACUAUAAUUACCGAAGCCAGAUACAGAACAGAGACUGCUGACUGGAUUUUGACAGCUAGAAACUUGGACAACGGCCAAAAAUUGGAACAUGUUUCUAAGAUUUUAGUUGCCUGCCAAGGUGGAUUGGUCUACCCAAGUCAGCUAAGAGCGAAGGGAUUAGAAAACUUCAAGGGUGAAUAUAUGCAUUCUGCACUCUGGAGACAUGACGUUGAUUUCAAAGGUAAAAAUGUUGUAGUUGUUGGAAACGGUUGCUCUGCAGCUCAAGUUAUCCCUGCAUUAUUGGCCAACUAUGAACCUAAACUGAUCAAACAAGUUGUUAGAUCGAAGCAUUGGAUUAUGCCUCCAUUACCAAAAUUUGUUCAUACUUUGUAUCGAUUAUUAUCAUUCCACAGGUGGGGUAUUCUUUUUGUUCGUUGGAUUAUUGCUACAGCUGCUGAGUCUAAAUACCCGUUGUACGACGGAACAGGAUUUUGGGCACGAAUUGUACGUUGGAUUAACACCAGAACAUCAGUAAGUUAUAUCAAAAGCACCGCUCCAAAGAAGUAUCAUGAUAUACUUAUCCCUGAUUAUAAGAUCGGGUGUAAAAGAAUGAUUUAUGACUAUGUUUACGUGCCAUCAUUAAACGAUGCAAGAGUUGACUUAACUGAUGAUGGAAUUGACCACAUUGAAGAAAAUCACGUUGUAUUGAAAAGUGGAACCCGCGUCCCUGCCGAUAUUAUAGUUGCAUGUACUGGGUAUGACUUGAAGAAAGCAUUUUCAUCAUUUAAUUACUACGGAGAUGAUGGUGUAUCAUUGAAAGAUGUGUGGAGUAAAGAAGGUGCAUCUGCUUAUGAAACCCUUCUUGUGAAGAAUUGUCCAAAUCUUUUCGUUUUAGGGGGGCCAAAUUCUGCAACUGGCCAUUCUUCAGUCGUUUUAGCUUUGGAAAAUGGAUCUAAGUACUUCAGUAAAGUUGCACCUAAGAUUUUGGAUGGCACAUACAAAUCAGUCAAAGUCAAAACUAGUGUUUAUGACAGAUGGAAUACCACUGUCCAAGCAAUAUUAGAGAAGAAGGUCUUUGGAACUAAAAUUGGUGGCUGUGUUUCCUGGUAUACUGAGGGUGGCAGAAAUGAAACAGCUUAUCCAUUUUCACAAAUAAGUGCAGCGUUUAGAAUGGGUAGUCCAAAGUGGGAGGACCUUGAAUUGGAGAGAGGGGAUUCCAAGAAACAUGUUUAA